UGGUGGGUUCCUAAAAGACGUGUAAGCAAUCUCAGGUAAACUCGCGAUAACUUAUGACAUCAGGCGUAAUAGGUCUAGGUCGCAACGCUGAAGUAGGAGCUCGCGAGAUCUCUGCAGUUGCCGAGGAGUCUCGGAGGAGGAGUGAUCUCGCGAAAGGAAAGACUGAGAGCGCUCGCGAGAACUCAGACCGCCGGUCCCGACAGGUCCUUAGCAAGUUGAAGGGCCUCGAGGAGUCCCGAGGGGCACAUGGCUGGAGCUGGGCCCACCAUGCUGCUACGAGAGGAGAACGGCUGUUGCAGUCGGCGACAAAGCAACUCCAGCGCUGGGGAUUCGGACGGAGAGCGCGACGACUCGCCGGCCGCGCGUGCCCGGCAGCAACUCGAGGCGCUGCUCAACAAGACUAUGCGCAUUCGCAUGACGGAUGGGCGGACACUGGUCGGCUGCUUCCUCUGCACGGACCGCGACUGCAAUGUCAUCCUGGGCUCUGCACAGGAGUUCCUCAAGCCGUCGGAUUCAUUCUCUGCGGGGGAACCCCGUGUACUAGGCCUGGCCAUGGUACCAGGACACCACAUCGUUUCUAUUGAGGUGCAAAGGGAGAGCCUAGCGGGGCCUCCGUAUCUCUGACCCUGAUCGUGCAUGUCUUUCAGACUUCAUUAAAUAUGUAACUGAAGCAGCCUA